UCCCAACACUCCAAGUAUCCAUGUCCAACAAGCCAACUACUCAAGUAAACCAAAACUCCUCUCUGCCUCUAAUCUCCAUCUCAUUCCUAACCCAAGAAACCACAUUCGAAUGUCCAGUUUCAAAUUAAACAAGAAGCUCCUCUCCGCCACAAAGGCGUGGAACAAAUUCACCAAUAAAAUCCGAGCCAAAACAACCAACCUCAACAUCUCUAAAUCAAUCAGACUCGCCACAUCUCAUCUCCUGUCUUUGUACCAUAAAACAACUCUCCGGUUCUUAAACCGACAACGUCGCCGCAAUCUAACCAAUCUUUACGUUCGAAACAGCCCCUCUGCAGCCAUCUAUGUUGACAAGCUUUUCUCCGAGUCCACGUCGAAAUCGUUGCACAAAGAAAAAGAAAAAGCAGGCAGUUCAAGAAGUCGGAAUAGUGGUGCUGCAAAAUUCGAAAAUACGAACAUGAAAAUUAAUAAGUUCGAAAAACAAAGUGUGUGCAACGAAUUUGACGUUGAUGAGGCUUGGAAAAAGGUUGUGUCGUCGAGUGCAUCGCCGCUUAGAGUUGACGAGAGGGCUGAGGAGUUUAUUUCAAAGUUUCGUCAAGAAAUGGAGAUUCAGAGAGAGCAAUCUAUACUUGACUACCAAGAAAUGCUCGCUCGAGGCUUAUAGAUUUAAUAUGCACAAGCACAUUGAGAAGAAUUUUUCAAAAUUUUCAUUUGGGAUUCUUUUCGAGAUUUGUUACUGGGGAAAAAACUGAUUGAAUAUCGAUAUACUUACUUAUAUAUCAAACGAAAGGGUCUUUUGUUUCAUGUACAGAGUCUAAUAGAAACAGGGGGCUGGGGAGUUCUUUAUUUC